UGAGUUGAAGGCGGCCAAGAAGCUGAAGCUGGGAUUGUCGAUGGACCGCAGGCCCCAAUCCAGGAGCUGAUUACUGAUUACUGAUUACUGAUUAGAGAUUGCUAUUAAUUUCAUUACAAAACCACUAAUUUAAACAACAAGGGCGAUCCUGUAAUUUCUCGAGCUCGCUUUCAGACACUUAAACCCUAAAACCACCUGAAAUUUUUGGUGUUCAGCGGUUUUAUACAAAAUUACCCAUAACACACUUUGUAACGAUUACGUGGAGUAUCAUUCGACAUGCAGAUUCCUGUAAGAAAACUGUCGCAGAGAAUUUCUUUUCUCAAACAGGCUGUUAAACGUUGUACAUAUUGUACGAUAAAAGUUGUUGAUAUUGGACAACCAAGUCCUGCAUCUCAUCCACAGUUAUUGAAAGGAGGGGAGCUUACGCCAGGUACAAGUUCUGAAGAAUAUGUUUUGAGGAGGAAAAAUUUCUUGGAGCUUCUUCCAGAGAAGGGCUUGGCUAUCAUUGCAGCUGCCCCUGUAAAGAUGAUGACGGGUGUCGUGCCUUACACAUUUCGACAAGAUGCCGAUUAUUUGUACAUCACUGGCUGCCAACAAGCUGGUGGUCUGGCUGUUCUAGGCCAUGAGUGUGGUUUCUGCAUGUUCAUGCCCGAAGCAAAUUCUCAUGAUGUUAUUUGGGAAGGGAAAACUGCUGGAGUUGAUGAGGCUUUGGAAAUAUUCAAGGCCGAGAGAGCAUAUCCAAAGCGCAAAUUGAGGGAGAUUCUGCCAGAUAUGAUGAAGAGCUCGUCCACAUUGUUCCACAAUGUGCGUACAGCCAUACCGGCAUAUAUGGAUUUGGAGCCCUUCCAAAAAGCAGCUUACCAUGGCAAGGUUAAAGAUGUUUCAGAUAUUACUCACGAGUUGCGAUUGAUUAAGUCUCCUGCAGAACUUAAGUUAAUGAGAGAAUCCGCCGCAAUUGGUUGCCAGGCGCUUUUGCAGACAAUGCUUCACUCAAAGACGUAUCCUUAUGAGGCUAUUCUAUCAGCAAAAGUUGAAUACGAAUGCAAAAUUAGAGGUGCUCAGAGAAUGGCGUUUAACCCAGUGGUUGGUGGUGGGUCCAAUGGAAGUGUUGUACAUUAUUCUCGAAAUGAUCAGAAAAUUAAAGAUGGGGAUCUUGUUUUGAUGGAUAUUGGAUGUGAGUUGCACGGUUAUGUUAGUGAUCUUACUCGAACAUGGCCACCCUGUGGUAGCUUUUCUUCUCCUCAAGAGGACCUUUAUGAGCUGAUUCUGCAAACGAACAAGGAAUCUUUGAAGCUCUGCAAACCUGGUGCUAGUAUUCAACAAAUACACAACUAUUCGGUUGCAAUGCUGCGCAAAGGACUCAAUGAGAUUGGAAUCUUGAAAAGUGAAGCAAGCCAUUCUUAUCAUCAGCUGAAUCCAACUUCUAUAGGUCAUUAUCUAGGAAUGGAUGUCCAUGAUUGUUCAACAGUCAGAUAUAACCGUCCUUUGAAGCCAGGUGAUAACGAUUGAACCGGGAAUCUAUAUCCCAUCUUCUUUUGAUGGUCCAGAGAG